AUGGCAACUCAAGGUCAAGUCAUUACAUGCAAAGCUGCGGUGGCCUGGGAACCCAACAAACCCUUAACAAUCGAAGACGUCGAGGUUGCUCCGCCGCAAGCCAAUGAAGUCCGAAUCCAAAUCCUCUUUACCGCUCUCUGCCACACCGAUGCAUAUACUUUGGGCGGCAAAGAUCCAGAAGGUCUUUUCCCCUGCAUUCUCGGCCACGAAGCUGCAGGGAUUGUUGAAAGUGUUGGAGAAGGUGUGACUGAUGUUAAGCCUGGGGAUCAUGUGAUUCCGUGUUACCAGGCUGAGUGUGGAGAAUGUAAGUUUUGCAAAUCGGGCAAGACGAACCUCUGUGGCAAGGUUCGUGCUGCUACUGGUGUUGGGGUUAUGAUGUCGGAUCGGAAGUCUCGAUUUUCUGUUAAGGGAAAACCGAUUUAUCAUUUUAUGGGAACUUCUACUUUUAGUCAAUACACUGUUGUUCAUGAUGUUAGUGUUGCUAAGAUUCAUCCUGAUGCUCCUUUGGACAAAGUUUGUCUUCUUGGAUGCGGUGUUCCAACUGGCCUUGGAGCUGUCUGGAACACUGCAAAAGUUGAGUCAGGGUCAAUUGUUGCAAUUUUCGGCCUUGGAACUGUUGGGCUUGCUGUUGCAGAGGGUGCAAAAAGUGCUGGUGCGUCACGGAUUAUUGGCAUAGAUAUUGAUAGCAACAAGUAUGAUACAGCUAAAAACUUUGGUGUCACCGAGUUUAUUAAUCCAAAAGACCAUGAGAAACCAAUUCAGCAGGUUAUCUGUGAUCUAACAGAUGGAGGAGUUGAUUAUAGCUUUGAGUGCAUUGGAAAUGUCUCUGUGAUGAGAUCUGCUUUGGAAUGCUGCCACAAGGGCUGGGGAACAUCAGUUAUUGUGGGCGUUGCAGCAUCAGGGCAGGAAAUAUCAACUCGCCCUUUCCAGUUGGUGACCGGUCGCGUGUGGAAAGGAACAGCUUUUGGUGGCUUUAAGAGUAGGUCACAAGUGCCUUGGCUUGUAGAGAAGUACUUGAAGAAGGAAAUCAAGGUUGAUGAGUACAUUACUCAUAAUUUGACUUUUACGGAGAUCAACAAGGCUUUUGAUCUUUUGCAUGAAGGGCAAUGUCUUCGAUGUGUGCUUGCAGUGCAAGAAUGA